CUAUCGGCUGCGGUUGGCUUCUCAAUGGCUAUACUACGAUACUGCGGCGCUACUACUCAGUUGGCUAGUCAAACAAGCAGACGACGCAGAUCAAACGAAACAUGGCCCCUCGGUACAAAUUAUGUUGGCAUGGGAAGUUCGUGUACAAGUUCAUACUUGAAUGGCCUCCCGGUAGCGUCAACGUGCUAAACCACGAAGAGGGCAUUAUUACGACAGUAGUAGAGGCCGUAAGUAAGGGAGACUAUCCUCGGAAGCUUUCCAAUGGAGAGUACAUCGCCGACAUUGAACCUCGUGAAUGGAAGAUGAGUGGUCAAAUGGUCCUUGAAAAAGACGGUGCAAAGUACGAAUUGUACCAUCAUGAAUUUCAUCUGCGUGUCCGGAGAAAUAGUGUCGCCCAGCACUCGGCAGGCGGCAUCCGUGAUCGCAACACUGACGAAGGUAGCUCAACUAGUGGGACUUCCUUGCCGCCAGUGAAGCAAAAAUGGCCAUCGCAUAAAGAGAAACGCAAGAUCAGGCUUCCUGCAGUGUACCGCCACAGGAAUUGCUCGGCGUCACGCGCUGUAGUACACAGAGGAUCCAGCCGUGACCUGGAGCGCGCACUGCCACUUUCAGUGCAGGACUGCCUGCGUUAUGUGACGCCCAAGGAUUCCAGGCACAAACUUGCUGUGAAGCAAUACUACAUACCUGACAUGAUCUAUCGAGCACUUCAGCAAUAUGCAAAUACCUCGGAUACCCAAAAUGGCAACAAUGCUAUUAUCUUCCUCGACGACAGCGUGUCCCUGAGAGAGAGUGGGCCAAAGGCCAUUCAGUUUGGCCAGAGCAAUGAUCCAACAGCAAGCACUGGAUUGUUUCAAAGCCUAAGAAGGGGCAUUGCAACAGUUCUUGACAAGAUGUCAAAGUGGAUGGCAUGAAGAGUCACAAAACAUUUGUUAAACAGACAAGGGUUGCGCAGUUCUGCAAGAGUUUGAAAAUAAAAAAACUAAACUGAAUAUAUUUCAUAAUUUCACCUCAUUUACAUCACAGAAGACAAACCAGCAUCUAAACAGGUGGGCAACUAUACAGGAUCUAACACUUCACAUCAAAAUGUACUGUGAGCCUAUCAGGCAGUACUAUAAGUUAAAAUACUGAUCAUGAGGUCAGAAGUAAUGUCCUGGCAAAAUACGUACACAAGUGUCUUCUAAGCUAUAGCGUUUCCUAAUGCGGGGUGCCUACAGAAGCACAAAAGCAAACACACUGUUAAGAUGGGGCAGUGAAAAGAUGGACAGAACAAUGCAUUGUCCUGUAGACAUUUUGUGGUAUCCUGUCUCUUAUUUUUCACUUCUGUGUAACCCAUGCACAAAAUUGCUGAAGUAGUUACUAUUCCGAGGUUUCCACAUAAAGUGUGUCUUCAACAAUAACAGUAUACACACAAUACUUAAAAAAGAAAACAACAGGUUUAAGAGGCAUGCCAUAGUGGGGGACUCCAAUGAAAUAGUUAACUAGCUCAAACUGAUAAAGUAUACUUCAAAAACACCCAUUUUUAAGGUUAAUUUCCCGGUAAUAGAUUGAUUAUUACAAAAGAAAAUAAAGGUCAAAGUUCCCUUUUUUUAUUUCUUUAAAAUUCUAAGUGCACAUUGAAACCCCAACACCUGUAAGUCAGUGUGACGUUAUGGAUUUCAAGCUAUCAUAGUGAGUAGCAAAAGUCUUCGAGCCUUGCUAAGUUCAGUCUUUGGCUCUUUUAGAACAUAAUGUUGUCCAAGUUUACCGAAAAAGGUAAACUAGGGCUUAGCAGACGCCAUCCAAAUCCAUAGUGCCGCGCCUAACCGAUGCGGGAACUCCAAGGCAGUGUCGCCACUGAUAAGUGUAUGCAU